AAAGCAAAAAAAUAGCAUCCCGAAUCCCAAGCGCACGGCCGAUAUUCGCGACGCUCGAAAGCACAGAAUGUCACUACAACAACUAACCUCAAUGUUUUGGAGACGUCCUCAGAUAUCCAUGCUGAGCAGCCGGCUACGGCCGAGUGCUUUGAUCGGCGGCGCGCAGAGACAGCCACAGCAGCAGCAGCAGCAACUGCCGAGCACAGUUUUCUCCGACAUGAAGGUUGCUGGUGGAAGUCUUGAAUUGUCCCGUGGAAAGAGGACGAAGACUGUUGGUUCGGUGCAGAAAUCGAGACUUGGUAUGAUUUCCUGAGUUCCCUGUGCGGUUGUUGCUUUUUGUUGGUGUCGGGGUUCGUCGGUCCCUUGGAAUUUGCCUGCCAGCGCUAACUAAUGAUUUACAGUGAACAUGCUCAGUUUGGUGAGCCGGGUCAAGAAGCAACCGUACCGUCUCAAACUGUCCUACGAGGAUCUUAUGCGCCACCGCACAAUCCACAGAGCAUGGAUGCUUCUCCAGCGCAAGAACCGCGAAGAACGGCACAAGGAGCUCAUGGCCCAGUACCAGAGGAUCAAGAUGGCCUGCGACCAGCUCGAGAAAGCGAGUCCGGAGCUGUUUGCUCGUGCCAUGGAUAAACCCCGGUCACUGCGGUUCCCGCUCGAGUACAAGUAUCCCACCGAGACUCCUCCCCGUGUUGCUUGGGAUUACGAUUGGAAGAAGUCGACUACCGUGCAGGCGUUGUCGAAGAAAAAAUGAGCUGAUAGUGGACGAUCGAAUGAUUUAAGACGAGCAAGUCGUCUCUUUGUACAUUGAUAAAUAAAUUCUUUUCUAUUAUACUUCUGUUCCUCCUAAUCUACGGAAGCGAUGUUA